AUGCAUAAGAAAAGCAUCACCGAUUUUGUUGACGUAAUCAAGGUUGCCCGAGCUCAGCACAUCAGUUUUCAAACUAAAUGCAUAGAAAAGAGCGGAAGUAAUCCUCUCCCAUUGGAUAUUCAGAAUAAAUUAAAGCUUGUACCAGUUCCUUUCUUUCAAGUGAUCGGAAUGACGAUCCGAUUUUAUAUUUUAAUUCAAAUUGACGGUGACUUAUAUGGUAUAUGGGAAUGGUCAUCCCAGGAUUUGCCAAAAGAAGAAGACGACAUCAUUACUGCUGUGUUUUUAUGUAAAAAAUUUUUGAUUCACAGAAAUCUUCUCAACAGAACUGGCCGCCUAAGUAAAAAAGUUAUCACAGAUUCGCGAAUUUUUGGAGAAAAUGUAGAGAACAUGCAAGUUCCUCGAUAUGUCAAGGAGCCAAUUAAACUGAGUUCUAUAAUAACUCCAAGAACAAAAAGAGGGUCAAGAAAAGCUUCAUGUUCACCGUGUCCAAGAUCGAACUGA